AUGGCUGCACUGCGGAGGCUCCUGUGGCCGCCGCCCCGGCUGCCGCCGACGCUUUCUCCUCACCAGCCCUUUCUUGGGCCGUGGGGGAGGCCUGCGGGGCCGGCCCCGGGCCUUUCUGGACGGCCCUACUCCUGCCAGGAGGAUGAGGAGGGGGCUGUGGCUGAGGCAGCUUGGCGGCGGCGGCGGCGCUGGGGAGAACUGAGCAUCGCAGCGGCAGCGGGCGGGGGUCUUGUCGGCCUCCUGUGCUACCAGCUGUAUGGGGACCCCAGAGGCGACUCCGCGCGGGUGCUGGCGCCCGGGCGUCCUUCCGAGAGCGCGGCCACAGAGCUCGAGGACCUGCCCCGAGGCCGGGGACUGCUUCCCAUCCCGGUGGCUGCUGCCAAGGAGACGGUUGCUGUUGGCAGAACAGAUAUUGAAGACUUAGACCUCUACGCUACAUCUAGGGAAAGGCGAUUUCGUUUGUUUGCAUCUAUAGAAUGUGAAGGGCAGUUAUUCAUGACUCCGUAUGAUUUUAUUUUGGCUGUUACGACAGAUGAGCCCAAAUUUGCUAAAACAUGGAAGUCGCUAUCCAAACAGGAAUUAAAUCAAAUGCUUUCAGAAACACCACCAGUUUGGAAGGGAUCAUCAAAGCUAUUUCGAAAUCUUAAAGAAAGAGGUGUGAUUUCUUACACAGAAUAUCUUUUUCUUUUAUGUAUUUUAACAAAGCCACAUGCAGGUUUUAGAAUAGCUUUCAACAUGUUUGACACUGAUGGCAAUGAGAUGGUGGAUAAAAAGGAGUUUUUGGUGCUUCAAGAGAUAUUCAGGAAAAAAAAUGAAAAGAGAGAAACUAAAGGAGAUGAAGAAAAGCGUGCAAUGCUGCGUCUUCAACUUUAUGGAUACCAUUCUCCUACUAAUAGUGUACUGAAAACAGAUACUGAGGAACUUGUCUCCAGAAGCUAUUGGGAUACACUGAGACGUAACACAAGCCAAGCAUUGUUUUCAGAUCUCGCAGAGCGUGCUGAUGACAUCACAAGUUUAGUAUCAGAUACUACACUUCUUGUACACUUUUUUGGAAAGAAAGGAAAAGCUGAGCUGAACUUUGAAGAUUUUUAUAGAUUCAUGGAUAACCUUCAAACAGAAGUUCUAGAAAUAGAAUUCCUUUCCUACUCUAAUGGAAUGAAUACCAUCAGUGAAGAAGAUUUUGCUCAUAUUCUUCUACGAUAUACAAAUGUAGAAAAUACAUCAGUAUUUUUGGAAAAUGUGCGUUAUAGUAUACCUGAAGAAAAGGGCAUCACAUUUGAUGAAUUCAGAUCAUUUUUCCAGUUUCUGAAUAACUUAGAAGACUUUGCAAUAGCCCUUAAUAUGUAUAACUUUGCAAGUCGCUCUAUAGGACAAGAUGAAUUUAAACGUGCUGUGUACGUAGCUACUGGACUCAAACUUUCACCACAUUUAGUGAAUACUGUCUUCAAGAUUUUUGAUGUUGACAAAGAUGAUCAAUUAAGUUAUAAAGAAUUUAUUGGGAUUAUGAAGGACAGACUCCAUAGAGGAUUCCGGGGCUAUAAAACAGUACAGAAGUAUCCUACUUUCAAAUCCUGCCUAAAAAAAGAACUUCAUAGCAGAUAAGUAUGUUAUCUCUGUUUAUCUAAAUUUUUUCAGUAACAACAAAGGAAUAAUUGUUAUUUUUCUUUUAUAACAUUUAAAAAUAGCUGAAAAAGGGCUAAAGGUAUAGCUCAGUGGUUGAGCAUGUGUACAGCAUUUAUAA